GAGGAAGAGACGGUCAUGAGGACACAUACGCCUAGAAUUCUCUGGACAUGGGCUCGAGGCUAAGAGAAAACCCGCGGCGCCUUCUAGAAUGUUGGUGCGAGGUAGUGGGGCCCCAGGGGGAGGGAGGGCGCCCCUGGAUAUCCCAAAAGUUCCCCAGCACGUACACAGAUGAGGAGGUGCUGAAGAGUGUCCCCCAGUUCACCUUCCCCUGUCCGUUUGAGAACACCACAAUUCAGCAUUUCUCCUUUGUCCUAACGAGCCUCGACUCCAAGUGGACCUACGGGUUCUGCCGACACGCACCAGGGUCACACACAGCGCUGGUUCUCCUCUCUCAUCUCCCAUGGCACGAGAUCUUCUAUAAAACCACCUGGCGGACCUCCGGGGGAGAUGACCCUGGUGACCUCACAGCAUGUCUUCAGAGUGUGUACAAAGCCCCUGUGCCUACUCCUGGGUCAGAGGUCACCAUUCCUUAUGCUUCAAAUAAGUUUUUUGUGGGUACGUGUCCGGAUCAUUACAAACUACCCACAAUUCCUGAAAAUCGUAACCUGCUGGAGUAUUACAACGCUGUAGACGUAGAGAACAUGGUGGCGAUAUUUGCGUCAAUGCUCUUCGAACGCCGCAUUAUUAUCACCUCCCGGCGAGUGUCGAGACUGUCAGCGUGUGUACAGGCCGCUAACCUUGUCCUGUGGCCGAUGCAGUGGCAACACAUUUUCAUCCCUGUCUUGCCGCAGCACCUGGUCGAUUAUCUGCUGGCUCCAAUGCCUUUCCUGAUCGGAGUGGCCUCUGGACUGUUGACGAAGGUACAAAUGGAGGAUAUAGGUGAAGCAGUAAUUCUUGAUGCAGACGCCAACAUUGUCUCUUCACCAUUUCAAGACACCGCCAGCUUGCCCCAGGAGGUCACUGCGACCCUUAGGAGGAACCUGAGGUCCGCCCACAACACCAUAGGGGACGGUGUGGCCAGGGCGUUCCUCAGGGCCCUGGUGCAGCUCAUAGGGAACUACAAGGAGGCCCUGCAGUUUAGGGAAGACGACAAGAAGAUUACAUUUUGUCGAGAAAGAUUUGUGGCUCUUAGACCGCUCGCGAUGCAGUCCUUUGCGGAAAAACUACUACAGCUACAGAUAUUCCAGCAGUUCAUCGAGGAGAGACUUCAGCGACUCAAUACAGGGAAACAAACAUCAGACGACUUCGAAUUAGAGGUCAACCUGUUAGGGGAGAGGAGCGGGUCAAAGGUCAAGCAGCAAUAUCGGCAGUUUGUGACCAGCGUGAGGAAGGACGGGGGCGCCAUUAUCAAGACCAUGAAAAGCAAGAGUCCAUUUAAACAUCUGAGAAGCAAUGAACCGUCUACAAACCCUGCUGUUAAAUCUGCCGUCAAAAGUGUCACCAAGGGCGGCAAGCAGGUCAAGGAGAAAGGUCGCCAGACAUACAAGGAGUUCAGAGGUCGUCUGAGGGACCUCCAGCAGUUGAGAGAGGACCCUAGGACAUCCCCCUCUUGGGUCAAUGGUGAAGGGGUGAUGCAGAAGAAGCCACGGUCCGCCCCCACCUCCCCCACCAUCACCCGCCGCCCCCGCAGUGCCGUGGGGGGGGGCCCGGGGGGUUUGUGGUCAAGACUACAUAUAAAAGGGCUACCCAGGUGAACUCCAGAGACGACAGCAGGAACAGGAAAUAUGACCUCAUUGAAGGGAACAGCGGUUUGAUGUCCCCCGCCUCUACUGACAGCCUCAGCACGCCCUCCCCGCAGAGUCUGGACCUUAUGGGUGAAAUGGAAGAGAUUAUAAGAGCAAGACUAGGAGGCAACGAAGAGGAAGAAGAAGAAGAAGAGGAGGAGGAGUACGAGGAGGAGGAGGGGGAGGAGGAGGAGGAGGAGGAGGAGGAGACUAGUAAUAGUAAUAGUAGUAGUACUUCAAAUAGUACAAGAAAUAGCAUUAAAAAUAGUAUUCAGUCCUUAGCUACUACUACUACUACUACUACUACUACUACUACUACUACUACUACUACUGGUGGUGGUGGUGGUGGUGGUGGUGGUCCUCCUCCUCCUCCUCCUCCUCCUCCUCCCACCUCCUCCUCCUCCUUAAUAAAUAAAAAGCCGUUAAGCGCAAGUUUGACCUCACUGCACCUUAUUGACCUGACCCUUGAUAUCGAACUACCACCUCCAAUUAUUACAAACCUUGACUUUGCUGCUCCUCUGCUGGAGACCCAAGGGAAGGAGGACCCAGGGAGGACCCACAAGGACCCCCACAGGACCUCCCCACCCCGCUACCGCUCCCCCCGCCUCCCCCAGCAGGAGAGAAGCCGAAGGAACGAGGUGAAGGCGGGGCGGAACCAGCAGAAAGUCAAAGGCAUGAGGGAAUCACAAGAAAAACUAAUGUCACGCCCUUAUAAACUAUUUCAUUCACUCCCUCGCGCCUCUCCCCCGGUACAGCCACCCCGGACGCGCCCCCGCCCUGCCCCACAGCCCCCUGACGCCCCCCGGUACAAGGCUAGCCAGGCAUUUAGUACAUCU